AUGCUUGGGAAUAAGAAGCCCUUAAAACAAAGCCCUACGCCUGACCAACUUGGAGAGGAGAAUGAUGAUGAGGUUAUAAAGUCGAUGAGUACCAUGGAGGAGGAAGAAAUCUACGACCAGAAGCUGAUCAACGAGUUCAUGGCUCAGGAGUCGCUGCCUGAAGACGACGUCCUAGUAUUCAACUUUAACGCCCUGCUACAAACCAAGAUAUUUGGCCCACAGACUGUAACUCGCUUGAACGAGAAAAUCGCUGACAUGCAGGCCCAUCCAACCGACCUCCUGACCUCUGAAGGUUCCGUUGCUGAGUCCGUGCAGAUGAGUGAACAAGGCAUUCCUCAAAGUUUUGCUGAGGUGCCCGUCUACGUUGGCUUGAACCUCGAACGAGAAGCCUUCCUCAAAAGUCUCGAACAAUCUGAUUCUACCGACGCUCUUGUGGCUGCGGUCAAAGAGAAGGUCACUGAAUACCCCGGGGAGUACGUCACCUUCAUCGUCGACAGGUCAAUGAAAUUCGGUGGCAAUUUUCUAAUGAUUCUAUCUCAAGAGGUGGAUAAUAAGCUGCGGCUAGAGGGACUCGAGGUUCAAGAGAGGGAUGUUGUGGUGGAUGUCAUUGAGGAGGCGGAUGACGAAGUAACGUGGGUGUAUCCGAACUUUGAUCAGCCGUGGAUAAGUAUGGGAUCGGAGUUUGAAAUUCUUGAGGCGGGUUACACUGAAUCACGACCUCGCACGGUCACAAAAUUUCAAAGACCCCGUCGUGAAUUCGAAGCGAAACGCCCCCUUGACACCCAUUCAGAUGGCGUACAGUACACCGAGGUGAAACCUUUUGAAGAUAAGAGUUUCGAAAUACCGAUUCUAGAAUUGGAGCGUGGCGUUGCCUGCACCAACAUUGCGUGUGACCACUUUACCAACACGGAGUGGCGCUAUCCAAGGAAUCAGGUUGUUCAAUAUGAGCCUCGACUAGGGGAAGAUGAAAAGGAAAUUAGCAUAAGCACUUCGAAAACGCAGAAGCUAAUGACCGGCGUGAGCAAUCUUCUACCACUGUUCGAACAGGGACUCAAGGAGAACCUUAUGUUCAACUUCCUCGUGGACGACUUUGCAAACCUGGCUGCUAGUGAUGACACCUUCGACAACAAGUCCGCCAACACCUUCAAGGAAGUGGUGUCCUUCUCGGAUUUGAAAUUCUCGAAGCAUAAGGCUGUGUCGCACGUUGAAUGGCACCCCACAAUAGAGGGGCUAGUUGCCGUGUCGGGCGUGGAAAGGCUCGCGUACGAAGAGAGGGUGAAUCAACAAUCGCGGGUACUGAUGACGGAAUCGACGAUAAUUGUGUGGAGCUUCUUUGAGCCCAUCCAGCCGCAGCUGAUAAUGCUUGCGCCUGAGGACAUAUUGUGCUUCCAGUUCAACCCAACCACUCCCAACAUCGUCGCGGGUGGAUGUUUUAAUGGCGAGGUGGUGUUGUGGGACAUUGCGAAGCACGACCUCUCGAAUGUUCUCGAAAAGACUAAACACCAUCAAAAAGUUCCACUAAUCCAGUUUGAUGAAACUGACAGUCAGAAGGUUCCAGUAAUGCCCUGGUGUGCCGCAAGUAACAUCGAGGCAUCCCACGCCACUCCAAUCACUUACCUCCAGUGGCUGCCGGACCACCUUGAACUCAAUCGUGCUGGCAUGCCUUUCGAGAACUUCCAGCGGAAGUGCAUCCAACUCAUGACCUGUGCCGCGGACAGUGGCAUCUUGUUGUGGGAUUUGCGUCCCGACAAAUCACCCCUCGCCGUGGACAAGACGAGGGACCAGAUGGUCAUUCCGAGGGACGUUCCACCGACUUUCAACGCCAUUGACGCAAAGUGGAAACCCUUCCUACAUAUCAACGUCUUCCGUCCUGAAAACGCGCCCGACCACUGCCCCACGUGUUUCUGCAUUAGGGAACGGCAGGGCGACCGGUCCGUCCUCGAGUUGAAAUCCAACGUUAAGAAGAGGAUUGACUCAGAAAAUGACCCAAAUCGAAUUGGCCUGCCAAAAGCCCAGCCACUAGACGGGAUCAACACGAAUGUCUUCGUUGGGACAGAGGACGGCGACAUUGUCUACGUCGACUGGGUGCCGCAGAAGGACGUGAAGACAGCAAAGCGACAAACCACAUUGCCCUCGUUUGUCGCCCAACAUCACGAUGGUCCGAUCUCCUACAUCGCUCGCUCCCCGUUCCUGCCGGAGGUGGUUCUGUGUGUUGGUGGGUUCUCCUGGUCACUCUGGAAAGAAGGCAUCACCAGUGGCGCCCUUCUUUGCUCUGCACCAUACGUCAAGGCAGUUACUGGGGGAUUGUGGUCGCCUACAAGACCUUCUGUGUUCUACAUAAUACGGUGUGACGGGGUCCUGGAGUCCUGGGACCUGCUGGAUAAGACCCACGAGCCUGCACUCAUGCAGUCAGUGUCUGCGUCCUCACUUACCGCGUUGUCUAGUAAGGUGGAGGGUAAAAAGCACUACUUGGCCGUUGGUGACAUGCACGGCACACUGAAGGUCCUUCUCAACGCACUGACUAACGUCGCUGUCUGUCGUGAAAACUAUCACUUUGAGCUUGUUCUUGAUGAUGUAAUGGAUGUUGUGCUGACGGAUGCUGCUAUUCCCCUCCAGGUACCCCACCGUCUCAAAUUCUGCGGCGCAAACGAGCUCGAAGCUGUUACUAACUACAUCGAUCGAGAGGUUCAACGAAGGGCCUUCGUUGUGAGUCGAUGGAGCAAGCGAGAGCACGAGCGUAUCUCAACGGAAAAUGAGAAGAAACGACUGGCAGGAAUCGCAACUGCCGCCGAACUGAGUGAGGAGGAGAAGCUCCAGAAAUUGCGGGUGCGUGGUUCACAGACGAUCCGUGCGCUUUUUCUUGCAAAUACAACGCAAAUCAUGUUAACAGAAGCUGCGGCGGCGCAGAUACUAAACUUUUCACAACCACUAGACAUCAAGCUCCUUGACCAGGUAGUCGAGGCGAUGUACAAAUCCAGUGGAAAUGAGCAGAAGCUCGCGGAGAAGAUUUUGAGCACAUUGAAAGAGCACCCUGAAGCCUGGACGCGUGUGGAUUCUAUUCUUGAGUUCAGUUCCUCCCAACAGACCAAAUAUUUUGCGCUUCAAAUUCUCGAGGCCCUCAUAAAGACUCGAUGGAAGGUGCUUGCUAGACCGCAGUGUGAGGGCAUCAAGAAGUAUAUCGUCGGUCUCAUAAUCCAGACAUCCUCAAAUCCCGAUCUAAUGGAAAGCGAAAAAAGUUACCUCAGCAAACUGAACAUGAUCUUGGUUGAAAUACUGAAGUUUGAAUGGCCUGCUAACUGGCCUUUUUUCAUUCGGGAUAUUGUUGGUGCUAGCAAAACUAAUGAAUCCCUUUGUCAGAACAACAUGGUCAUUUUGCGGUUACUGAGUGAAGAGGUGUUCGACUUCUCGUUGGGACAAAUGACUCAGACUAAAGCUAAGCACCUCAAGGACUCAAUGUGCCAGGAAUUCGGGAUGAUAUUCCAGCUGUGCCAAUUAGUGCUUGAGAAUUCACAGAACGCCUCACUAGUUGUUGUCACGCUAGAAACCCUUCUUCGAUUUAUGCACUGGAUCCCACUGGGGUACAUCUUUGAGACAAAUUUGAUUCAAAUCCUUGUUUGCCGAUUCCUCAGCGUUCCGGCUUUCCGGAACGUCACGUUGAAAUGCCUGGCGGAAAUCGCUGGUGUUCCUGCUAACGAGUAUGAAGACAAGGUUGUGGAACUGUUUAAUCUGACAACAUCCAAAUUGAAGGAGAUGCUGCCACUGUCUACGAGAAUCCGCGAAGCCUAUGACAAGGGUACAACGGACGAACAGAACUUUAUACAAAAUCUGGCCAUAUUUUAUUGCACAUUUUUAAGAUCGCAUAAUGAUCUUAUUGAGAUGGGGAAAAUUACAGACCAAUUAGUGGACUCUUAUGAGUACUUGCUUCGAAUAUCUGAGGUUGACGAUAAGGAAAUAUUCAAGAUUUGCCUUGAGUAUUGGAAUUUUUGGGUCUGUGAAUUAUACACUCAAGCCUCGUUGGCCUGCCGUCCUCUCUAUGCCUCCGUGCUGCCCCGUAUGGAGUAUGCACCAAUCCUGUCAAAGCUCCGCACUAUUCUGAUCUCGCGAAUGGCACGACCCGAGGAGGUGCUUGUCGUGGAGAACGAUCACGGCGAAGUUGUUCGGGAGUUCAUGAAGGACACUGACAGUCUCAACCUAUACAAAACAAUGCGUGAGACUUUGGUCUAUCUUACUCAUCUCGACCAUGAAGACACCGAAAAAAUAAUGCUGGAGAAAUUGAAGCGUCAAGUGAGCGGUGCAGAAUGGUCCCGGGCGAACCUGAAUUCGCUGUGCUGGGCCAUCGGGAGCAUCUCGGGCGCCAUGCAGGAGGACAACGAACGCUCCUUCCUCGUAGUUGUGAUUCGCGAUCUCUUGGGACUGUGUGAGCACAAGCGUGGCAAGGACAAUAAGGCCAUCGUGGCAAGCAACAUAAUGUACGUCGUCGGCCAGUACCCCCGCUUUCUCCGGGCGCAUUGGCGCUUCCUCAAGACAGUAAUUACGAAAUUGUUUGAGUUCAUGCAUGAGACCCACGAGGGAGUGCAGGACAUGGCCUGUGACACAUUUAUCAAGGUCGCACAAAAAUGCCGACGACAACUCCUAAUUCCACAGUGUGGAGCAUCAUGUGGUUUUGUGGAGGACAUCAUCCGUGGUAUUGAUGCCAUCAUCUCGGAUCUUCAGCCGCAACAGGUUCACACAUUCUACGAGGCGGUCGCGAUCAUCAUCAGCUCAGAAACGGAUGCGGCCGCUCAGAACGAACUAAUUGAGGGCCUGUUCCGCCUUCCUAACGCCAUUUGGGACGACAUCCUGCUUCGGGUUGCGGCCGACGUCAACAUCCUUACGGACGUAGAGGUCGUGAAGCAGCUCUGCAACAUCCUCAAGACCAAUUUGGCGGCUUGCAAAUCUCUGGGUCAUUCUUAUUUAACCCAGCUCUGUCGCAUUUACCUGGACAUGCUCAACGUGUACAGGCUUCUCUCCGACCAGAUCAAUGCUUCGAUUGCAACGCAUGGCGAUCAGAUAGUCAAACAACCCCUUGUUCGAUCGAUGCGAGCUGUAAAGAAGACCGUGCUCAACCUCCUGUCCUGUUGGAUUCAGCGGUCUAACAACCCUAUGCUGGUUGCCAACGACUUUUUGCCGCCUCUGCUGGACGCGGUCGCCACCGACUACCAGCAGGGUCCUCCGAUCGCACGUGAACCCGAGGUACUCACAACCAUGGCGACAAUCGUAAAUCGGCUGGGCGAAAACGUCCUUCGCUCUCUUCCCCGUAUCCUUGACGCCGUCUUCCAGUGUACGCUGGAGAUGAUUAACAAGGACUUGGAGGAGUUUCCUGAGCAUCGUACCAACUUCUUCACACUCCUGCAGGCCGUCAACGCCCACUGUUUCUCUGCUCUGCUUACCCUGACUACGGACAAAUUCAAACUCAUUCUCGACAGCGUGAUCUGGGCCAUUAAGCACACCAUGCGACAGGUGUCCGAAACCGGACUCAAUAUCCUACAUACAAUGCUCAUCAAUAUGGCCAACGCGACAUCGGAUAAUCAGCAGCUGUUCUUCCACAACUUCUACGUGGAAAUCAUGCAGCACAUGUUUGCCGUUGUCACCGAUAGAUCCCAAACAGGCAAUCUCACCCUGCAGGCGUCGUUGCUGGCCUACAUGUUCAAGAUGGUUGAGAACGGGGUAAUAACCGUGGCGCUCGGAGGCGACAACCCCCACCUCACUGUCCCCGCUGAAACAAAUGUGCAAUACGUCCAUCAGCGGUUGCUUGAACUCCUCAAGCAGGCCUUCCCACACCUGCAAGAGCCCCAGCUGGUUGUCUUCAUCAAGGGUCUGUUCGCCCUCGACACCGACGUAACGGCCUUUCGCGAGCACCUGCGUGACUUCUUGGUGCAGAUACGCGAGAUCUCGGGAGAGGAUCUGUCCGACCUCUACUUGGAGGAGCGAGAAGCCGAGAUAGCGGCUGCGCAGGCGGAAAAGCUGAGACGACAGGCCGAAGUCCCGGGUCUGCUGGGCCCCGGGCUAGACACUUCAACGGCGGUGGUCGGCGGCGGCGGCAUGGAAAUGACCGACUAA